AUGGGAGAAGGAGGUACCGGCGGCGGCGCCGAUACGGGAGACAUAAAUAGUCGCAGCCCGAGCCCGCGACCGUCAGAUCUGGCAACCCAGCCGGCGAAGAGGGAGGGGGAGGAUAUCGUAAUGACAGGGAGCGACAGUGAUCAGACUCGGUCUGAGGGAGGAGAAGGUGGGAUGACUAAAGCGAAAACCAACGGUGCGGAAGCGGCGUCGGAGGUCAAGGAGGAUGGAGAUAUAACCCCGGCCCAGUUGGCGGAUCCGCCAGUAGAUCCGGAGCUUGUGAAACAAGGACUCUCGGAACAAGGCUCGAAGGAAAGUGUAGGGGGUGUUGCGGCUGAUCCCAUGGAUAUGGGUGGUUCGGAAACAGUGGGAGAUACGGCUGCAAGCCUUGUUUCUCUUGCUGGUGGUGCUGUCAGUUACCUGUCUGCUGCGCAAUCGGCAGGCAAUGGUACGGGCUGGGGGCCGCAUGGACUCCUUCCGUCGUCACCGGAAUCGCCAAACAAGCGCUUCGGGCUCAGUUCGUCGCCGCUACCAUCAAUGAUGAUGGGUCAGGGCUCAUCUUCGCCCACUGCAAUUCGAGACGGUAAACACACCACCUUGCCACCAAUCAACUCCAUUGCAGAUGUGCCGCUCAACUCGAUUGAUGUUCUAGCCGAGUUGGCCACCAAACAGGAGUCGCCGCAGCAAGGUGGCUGGAAAACCGGGAGUGUUGCUAGGACAGCUUUCCCGCAAGUCCAAGCGAAUCUCCAAAUUUCACCGUCUAACAGACCACCGGCGACAGCUCCCUCCCCAGGGUUACCGACUCCCGUCAGUUCCGAAGGAACACCGCGACCAAAUUUACAACACAUGAGUGUGCAACAACGUCAGCACGUAAUCAUGGCUCCGAACGAGACGUACUAUCCCCAUCAACAACCCCACUAUCCCCCCAUCAAGGAUGCCUCGGCCAGCCCUAGAUCCGGAUACGCUGCUCAGCCUGCUACUCCUACAUCGGAUAAUGCCAAUCUGUUUGCCCGUAGUGGAUUUGCUGGACCAGGUGCCGAGGGUCGGAGGGUGUCAAACUCGUCUGAAUUCCAAUACAACUCGGACCAGGCGACUCCUCAGGGACCUAGUACGGGCGAGACCAUGGGUUCUGCAGCCUCGGAGGACACUAUACCGCAGCAAGCACAACAACAUCGGCAGCAACAAUCACCACCGGUAGGCGCUCCACGCAAUUCUAGCGCGAGAGGUUCGUCGGGUCCGAUGGUUGCAGGGGGAUUCAAGUGCGAAUUCGAGAAUUGUCGGGCGGCUCCGUUCCAAACACAGUAUCUUUUGAACUCACAUGCCAACGUCCAUUCGUCUGCGAGACCCCACUACUGCCCGGUCAAAGGAUGUGCUCGGGCCGAAGGAGGAAAGGGUUUCAAGAGGAAGAACGAAAUGAUCCGACAUGGUCUCGUUCAUGACUCUCCCGGCUACAUAUGUCCUUUCUGUCCUGAUAGAGACCACAAGUACCCCAGACCGGAUAACCUUCAGAGACACGUGAGAGUCCAUCACAUGGAUAAGGACAAGGACGACCCUUCGCUCAGAGAGGUGCUCGCGCAACGCCCCGAAGGUGGAAACCGUGGCCGCCGACGACGGAUGGCCCAGUAG